CAAAAAUCCCUAAAACCCUAGCAACUUGGCAAAGAACCCUCACACUCGCCUAAUCACUGCAAGCAGAGAAAAAGAGUGAACAAAAUGGCUUGGCGAAGUGCCGGAUCACUGUCUCGGUCGCUCUCUAGGGUUACUUCCCUCCGUCCGCCGCCGCCGAUGGCCCGCCUCCGUCCGCCGCAAGCUGCCUCUCGCCAACAGGCACGCCGCUUCCCCUUUGCCAAUUCCAGGAACUUUGCGGAACUGGGUUGCACAGCUUCAUUUUUGCCUUUGAAUGGUCUGGCGCCUGCAGUCUGUUUCACAACCCUUCUGUCUAUAAACGCGCGGGCAUUUUCUGAGCUGUCUCAUGGAAGGAAUGGAAAAGAUGGGUGAUGCGCGUGGACUUUCAAUCAGCUAAAGGCACAAGAAUGAUGCUACAUUUAACUUGAAAAGCUAUUGGAUCAGCACAUAUCAGUGCAAGGAUAUGUUGAGGCAAUCAGGAAUUCCCUUGGGAAGUUAUCUUUCUAGCGUAGGAAAAUUGGAUAAAAUUUUGUUAUCGCUUAUUUUACUUUCAAGAAUGGACAAUGGAAUUUUCGUAAUUUCUUGGAUAAUCUCAUAGAUGGUGAUUUUAGGUGUUUGUGACUAAUUUGUGUAUGUUAUGCUAUUGAUCGUUAAUUUUGUAGUUUCAUUUUGGAUC